GGAAAUGGGCGAGCAUAAUCUCCUUAAUCCAGGGUUUGUGGGACCUUUAGUAAACAUCCACACUGGAGACACAUUUUACUUUCCGAAUUUUAGAGCCUCAGGGGGACAACUGGCGGGCUUACCGUCUCUAUCCUACCCGAGAAGGGACAAUGUUUGCUCCCUCCCGUGGAAUCCAACGGAGCCGUGCAAUGGAUAUUCUCAAUCCUACUUUAGCAGCCCCGUCUCCAUCAACCCUUCGUUCAACCGGUCUUGUGAAAUCACCCGACCCGAAGAGAGCAAAUGUUAUUAUAGCAACGGGAAUAGGGAGAGCUGCUUAGGUGGUGGCAACAGCCUCAAACGGGAGGAUAGGACGAGAGACACAUCAUCCCUACCGCCCGACCACGGGAUGCACAGUGGAAUGGGCAGCACCGCUGCCUUCUCCAAAUACGAGUACGGUGCUGAGCAGCUAGCGCAAGACCCGCCGUCCUGUCAGUCUCUGGAAUCCGACUCCAGCUCGUCUCUUCUUAACGAGGGGAGCAAAGCUUCAUCCAGCGAUACACAGACCUUGGUGUCACCGGGAAAUCAUGCAAGCAACCUAGCUGCGGGCGGAGGUGCUCCGUGGUACCCGAUGCACACCCGGACCAGAAAGAAACGCAAACCCUAUUCCAAACUUCAGCUGGCUGAGCUCGAAGGUGAAUUUAUGCUAAAUGAGUUCAUCACCAGGCAGCGACGGAGGGAGCUCUCGGACCGCCUGAACCUCAGCGACCAACAAGUUAAGAUUUGGUUCCAGAACCGCAGAAUGAAGAAGAAGAGACUUAUGCUGAGAGAGCAAGCCCUGGCCUACUUUUAAAACCCCAGUAGGCUAGAAGGAGAAUCAAUAGGUAGUACAGUUAAAUCCUCGUAUGCCUAUAGAUUUUCUUUUAAUACAUGUAUGAAGGCUACAUCUACCCUUACGUAGCAGGGAUUUACAAUCUGGAAUCCCAAUAUUUCGAUGGGAGUAGCUUAUAUUAGUCGUGGACAUGCUAUCCAAACCGGACAGCUUCCAAAGAUGCGCUGUCUCAAUAUUGUUUGUCAGUAGGACUAUCUCAUGGUGGGAAACGCAAAGCUGUGAUAUUACAUAUAUAAGUUGCAUAAAGUGUUUUUUCCUUUCUUGUAUUAUAAGAGGUAACGACCUAAAUACCCCCGAAAUGUGGUUGAGGUUGCGAUGCUAUAUUUAAUGAACCACCAAUACUUUCUCGAUGGGAUGGGGAGGUAGGCAGGUCCACGUGAAAUCAAAAUAGUCCUACAAGUAGCCCCGUUUUGACGAGCUGGGAGAGAUACACCCAUAAAUGUAUUAAUUAUACUAGCUUAAAGUCUUUUGCGGUUUCUAAACGUAUGCAUAACGAAAUACUUGUUUGGGAAUCGGGGCGUUGUGCAUAUCUAUUUACCACAGCUUUCCCCACGUGUUGUGGACACGUUCACGGUCAUGGACAGGAAGAAUGACUUUAGAGUAGGAGGACAGGGAAGCACAUCGCCCCCUCUCCAGUUUCUGCAGGCCUAUGAUCACUGCGUUCAUGUUCAUUUGUUGCAUAACGUGCCAAAACUUUCUGGAGUUAUUUUCUUCUGAAAAUCGUUAAAAGCACCCGAUAACGUGCUACAGUUGCAUACUUUUAGUGGACUGAGAUCAAAGUUUCUGAGCUGCUAUGAAAAAAUCGACAUAUUUUAUAGCAUAGGCUACAUAUACCGUUGUCCACCUCAACGUCGCAGGGAUCUAAUUUUGGUUUUGUAAUGAAAUCAACAUUAUCCAUUUUCUAUUUCAACAAUCAGCAGAGUCCGCUUGCCACAGUUAGGAAAGAUAUGUAGGCUCUGAUGAAAGAGACACCACUGCGUAAUGCAAAUGAGUAUCUUAUAGCUUAUGAUGAACUUUCCGGAGUUCCAUUUGUAUUCGUAUCGAGUCUAACUAUGACAUUAUCGAUAAUAUAUAAGUAGGCCAUAGCAUUGUAAUGUAUUUAAAGCAUGGUAUUGACGUGAAUUAGCUAUAGGCAACGUUCAGCGGACGAGGCAGUCCAACUUCUUUUAUAUAUAUUUUCUCUUUAUUAUUUUAUAUCUAUAAAAAUAAAAGUUAACAAAAGCUGAGUAAGUUAAAAUCCAGCCACCAAUAUUGAUCUCGGUUUUAUUAUGAUUAUACUUAUUCGUAUUAUUGCUGUUAUUAUGACUAUUGAUUGAUUAAAUUGCGAAUGUUUUCUAAAGCUUAUCAGGUAUAUUCGUUGUGGUUGUCCUGCAAUGUGUUGGAUGUUGUUUGUUUCCUUUUCUUGGAUUCGUGUACAGAACCUAUCUUUGAACGAAAUUACAUAGGCCUCCUAUUUGCAUCCUAUUCAAGGAUCCUUUCCCUUUGUAAUUGUCCUUUAUGUUAAUACUGUAUUGUACAAUAUCGCAUUCCACUACAUCUUAUGUGUUGUUGUAAAGGGGCUACACUAUAUGUUAAUAGGGGGGCUAUACUUUCAUACCAGCCUAUAGGCCAUCAAUUCAGGAGGAAUAUGAAAAAGAAAAUGGCGGUGGGUUCAUGGCACAUUUGAACAUGUAGUGGCUGUUGUUAAACCUUUUAUACUUCCCACAUUGCAUUCCUCUCCUUUACGCUUGUACGGAUUGCAACGUUGUCUUGUAGCAUUAAUGUUAUGAAUGUAUACGCGUAAGCUAUUGAA